AUGGCCGAGGACUUCAUGCGCCAUAUCGAUGCCGAAACAGCAGAAGCAAUAGCAUUCUAUGCAAUCGAAGAAAAGCUGAAAAAGCCAGAUCGAAGCUGUAGUGAUUUUGGUAUACCAUCACCAGCAUCUGUUCGUUAUUCAUUUCAACCAAAAAUUAUCAACAAGGAAGAAGGGCUUCGAAUAGAACAGGAAAUGUAUGCAAUGUUGAAUCAAGAUCAACGUUCAGCAGCGGAUGCAAUUCUUGGAGAUUAUCGUAAACAAUCACCAACCGCUGGCUCAUGUUUCUUCGUAGAUGGGCCUGGGGUACAGGAAACAUCUACCUUUAUAACACUCUGUAUCACUUAUUCAUAG